AUGAACCUUAAGGCUUUAGAGAUCCUCCUGUCAAAUCCGGAAGUUCGAGCAACUAUCUCAGGCCUUCUCGGAAAAAAUCAUACACUAACAUUGAAAGAAGGAAAUAUCUUAGAAGAAGGAGACAUAUGUGCAACUGCCGAGGAAAAUUUGCCCGGGACCUCUGAGUUUUCGCGUGCUCCCGUCGAACGACACACAGUUGUAGAAACUCGACCCUCCACGACUGAGGCGUUACCGUCGACAGUGCUCCCGAUUGUCGUCAGAGAAAAUCUCGAGCAAACAGAAUUAACGGCAGCAAAUUGCAACGCCGCUCAAUCGCCACAGAUAGCGGAGGUUACCGGCCAACUCCACUCGAUUAAAUUUGGCUCUAUCCCAUCGGAGGGUUGCCAAGAUUUAUUGGUGCCGACGAGCUUGCUCCUCCCUGCUCAAUCGUCUUUAUCUGAUGGCGGCGACCAGGUAUGCUUUAACCCUCAGCUCCCACUUCAAGUGGAGACAUACAUUCGGGCCAAGACUUCUCAGACGGGCCUCUUGACUACUAAGGUUGAAGGAAAAGGUGAAGAAAACAAGAUUGGCACUUCUCAUUUGGAGUUCAAAUUUCAGAUCGCAGAACCAGAUUGCAGUUGA